AUGUUCAUGCGAUCCUUCACGUUCACAUCAGGCGUCCGAGCCUGCCCUAGCACUUCAUUCUUAUUGUCGUCUCGAACCUUUACAUUCCAAGCAGCUCGCUUCGCUCAGUCCUCCGCGCGACAAGCCGUAUCCAAGUCGAAAGUGAAACCGACCGUUAAGCAAGCCGCUCGCAAGCCAGCCCAAAGCAAUACUCCAACAGACCUUCGAUUCAUAGGCAGACGAUCAGAGUCUCUGGCAGAACUAGAUAGGAAAGUGACUCGUCAGCGCAAAGUCGUUCUUUUCCAAGCCUCGUCGCAGCGUGCCUACAUACUCGGCGCAUAUGGCAUAGGCGCCUUUUCAUUCGGAUAUGCCAUUAUCAAUUCAUCCAUCGGCGUACAAAGUUCCGGUGUGCAACUAGCGACGUGGCAGCAAAGUCUCUAUGUCGGCAUAUGCAUUAUCAUGAGCGUUAUGGGUACAGUCUUCAUAUCGAGGACGUCGAGGUUGAUCAAGAACAUCACUGCGGUCAACUCAAACGGCCAGACUCUCAUCAAUGUGACUGUUCGAUCGACGAUUCCGUUUCGAAAGCCAUACACAAUCACGGUGGCACCACAGCAAAUAAUCUUUUCCCGGAAAAUUACCAUGGGUUCUCACCAGAUCGGAGCCCCCGGGGCUCAGGAGCUCAAGAUAUCAUUCUUCAGAAACCCCUUGCAAGCGAUGAGCUUUGCGUUUUUCAAGAUUUUCAUUGCUAUUCGUCGAAUCUUUACCCAGGAAGACUUUAUCAUGAUGGAGAUGCAAGGUCAGAAAGGUGCUUUCCGGGUGGGAAUCGACGGCUAUGUCUCGCAGGAUCUACUUGCUAUUGGCAGUGUCACGGGCAGUGCUCCCACGCAUUGA